CAUUUUCGCUCUCUUCUCGCCGCAAUGGGCCGUCUGGGAGUCCCUUCUCUCGCCCUGUCUGCUCUCGUCAUCGUCAGCUGCAAGGCAGUGACCAUCGAAGAGACGUGAGACGCUCACAGAAGACCCCAGUGUCACUGCAAAGCUCAUGUCAUGAUUGUAGCGCAUGUGUGUAUGUGCAAUGCCAUGUACGCAUGCAGCUCGGGCGCCUCGUCGGGUUUCUUCAAUGUCACUGCUGACGAGCCGGUCUGCUGCCUGCACAGCAAAAAGAUGACGGUGGGUAUGGCCAUGCAUGCAUGCAAUGAUGGAGGCAGAGGACAGAGCGAGGCACCAUUGGCGAGGCAUUUGUGUACGGCUGUCUCCUCCUUCCUCUGCAGCUCCAGGAGCUCUACGACGACGCCUAUCAAACCGCAGCCGUGUACGCACAUAUCUCACAUGAAUCACUGACAAACGUGACAAACCGCAUGUGCUCAUUCUUUCGCAGUUUGGUUCAGGACGACCGGAAGACCGGCCGUAUCACUGCCUUCGGGAGCCGAGCGAUGGUCUUCGCAUCUGCAGUGAGCAGGACACGUGUGAGAACAUAGACACACGAGGGCACGCGUGUUUGUGUGUUUAGAAAGCCGCGGUGGCUGCGGCGCUGCUGAACACGGCUGAGGCGUACGAGGAUGUUGCUGAGGUGACGACACGUUUUGUAUGUCUCUGCCGCGUGAUGCGGUCGUAUCUUUGGUCUGUGUCCCUCCAGUUGUGUGAGCUUGUGGAUGACCUCUACGCCAGAGGAUGGUUUGUCACCCAAUUCAACGGCCUCAAUCCCUUUUACCCGCAGGCGUAGAGAAGGGGUGGCAUACACUGAUUCUCGUCCGUCGACUCAUGUGUAUGUCAGGUUCAGCCAAUACUAUAAGGGCCAUGUUCAUUGGGGUGACACGACUCACUACCUUCGCGCAUAUGCGAGGUGGGCAGCUGAGACGGCCAACAAAGCCAAGGGAGUGGUGCUCAGCAAGAAAGGCAAAGACACCAGCAAGGCCAAGAACGCGAUCGAGAAAGCGCAGGCCAAGGCUCUGGAGGCUGCCGUCAACCUCUUCAAUCGGGUUUGUCACUUCAUUGUCCUUUCCGGGCGUUGCGUAUGGAUAAAAGGGUGUGUCUCUUGAGUGUCUCUGUGCGUGUGUGUGUUUAGGCCGUGAAAGUCCGCAAUUUGCAGGAUAAUCUUGUGGAGAAGAUCGGAGACUUGGCAUUUUCCAUUGAUGGAGGCAUAUACAAGGUAAGACUAGAUCCACAGCGCCGAACCGGAUGUCUCUCUCUCCCCCUUCCUACGAUUUACUGGCUCCUCACAUGUAUUCUGUCGCCAGUGGAGCGAGGAAUACGCUCAUCUGCUGCACCCCAAACGAGUCUUCGUGCCCAAAGACAAGCUCCCUGAGCCGGACAAACCCAUCCUGGAAAUCAAAGCAAAGGACUACUUGCAAACCACCAAAGUCGAGGAUUUCAUCCAAACCAACGCACCCAAGGCGGCCACUACGGUGACAGGCCCUCAUCGCAUGACUGCAGAGGCACUUUGCUUGUCACAUCUACCGGCCGGCCACUUUCUGCUGAAGGCCUAUGAAGGGGCAUGCGAGGCGUUCAACAUCCUGGACGAGCCAAGCCAUGUAAGAGGACGUACCGACUCAAUAUUGCGUUCGCUCUUUGCCUCCCAUGUUUUUCAUUUGCGCACGUGUGUGUCGGCAGGAUGAUGUGGCUGCUCUGCGAAAGUUGCCCUACCGCGUGCCCGAGGACAUGUCUCCAAGCACCAACUUUAUCUGCCGCGAGAAGGACGUCGAGAAGGGGAGCAAGAAGGGCCGCGGCGGGGCUGCCUGCAACCUUCUCGGGGCCUGUUUGAUGUGUACGGGAGCUGUUCUUCAACUGUUUUUUCAUUAGCGCACCCUGGCCAUCCGUUGAGGAGGGAAUUCAUGGGAGUGGUUUGUUCUUCCUUACUUUCUGUCUGCCUGCCUGCCUGCCUGCCUGCCUGACGGGCUGUGAGUGUAGGAGUUGGCGGUGUUGCCUGCCUGCACUCCAACCACUCCCGCAUGUCCUCCUGACUCACUCACUCACUCACUCACCAUCUUGCUGGCUGUCUGACGGGAGCAGGAGAGACACGAGACACUCUUUCUUUUGCGAUGCGAAGACUCUUUACUUUUGUCGUGCGAUGGACCACCAAUGGGCUCAUGAACGAGCACAUGUGUGUAUUGCUCCCCCUGUGGCCGAACGUGAAAGUGCCUCUUCUUUCGACGAGAGACACGAACGUCCAUCACAGGUUGUCCAACGGCGCAUGGCAGAGGCCAGCUG